GGGCAGGAGCGAAGCCCGGAGAGCGGCGGGGCUGCCAUGGCGGAGCCGGAGGCCACGGCCGAGGACCUGGACGCCCUCAUCGACGACCUGGACUACCUGCCGGGCCACUUCCACCUGGAGAUGCAGCUGAACUUCGAGCCGCGCUCGCCGGCCUCGCUCCGCGCCCGGGACCUGAAGCUGCAGCGGGACGGCUUGCAGCAAGAGCUCGAGCUGGCGGCCGCCCCGCAGCGCCCCGCCGUGCGCCACCUCCUAGGCGCCUUCGCCUUCUAUCUCGACGAACUGGGCGAGGCCCGCGAGCGCUUCCUCGAGGUGGCCCGCGAGGACCCGGGCAACCUCAACGCCUGGGCCAACCUGGCGCACGUGUACGGGCGGCUGGGCCAGGAGGAAGAGGAGGAGGCGUGCGCCGGGCGUCUGGCGGGCCUCAUGGGCCUGGCAGCGGAGCGCGAGGCGGCGGGGGACCCCCAGCUCCGUGCGGCGCGCUGCCUGGCGGAGCAGGGCUAUGCGCACGGCUUCGACGUGGGCUGCACCAGCCCGGAGGAGCGAGCGCAGGUGCUGGCCGCCGGCAUCGCGCUGUACGAGAAGGCGCUGGGCUACGCGCAGCAGAUCCCCAUGGAGGAGAAAAGGGGCUGGUACUUCACCAUGACAACGCUCUUCAUCAGGCUAGAUGGCAUCUUCCUGGAACUGGGCAGCGAGGAGCAGAAGAGGCUGUCCGCCUUCAACCGCACCCUGGCCCUGCUCCGGCAGGUGCUCAAGUCCUCGAACCCCCACCACCAAGCUCUAGCCUGGUGUUACCUCGGGAUGCUGCUGGAGAGGAAGGACACCUUCUCCACCACCCCCAUGGGUGUCCACGACUGCGGGUACUCGGGAACGGACCCCCUGGACUGCUUUGGCAAGGCCAUUGAGACAGCCAAGGACCACCCCACCAUCCUGAAUCGCCUGGCCAAAAUCUUCCACUUCCUAGGAAAGCAGGAUAUGGCCAUUGGAACCUGCAACAUGGCUCUGGAUAGCCUACGAGAUCCAGAGCUCAACUGGCAGGCGUACUGCACUAGGGCCAAUAUCCACCUCAGAGCCUACCUUCACGACCUGGAGCGAGCCAAGAUGGGGCUCGGGGGCAUGCCUGACAGGGACCACCUGUCCUGUGCCAAGGCUGACCUGGAGGAAGUGGUCAAGGUGUGCCCAAGCCUCAACACCUACCUGGACAUCGGCCAGGUCUACUACUACAUGGGUGUGGAUGCUGUGCAGGAGCUGCUGGCAGUGGACGAGGCGGCGCUGAACCAGGCGCUGGUCUUCUUGGCCAAGGCCGGUGAGUCAGAGCUGGGCGCCACGCUGCCCGAGCUGCAGCUGCUGCGCGGCAAGUGCCUGCGCAUCAAGGGCGAGGAGGCCAACGCGGCGGCCUGCUUCAAGCGCGCGGUGGAGCUGGACGACACGGGCUCCAGCCACACCGAGGGCUUCGGCUGCCUGCUCGAGGCGCUGCUGGCGCAGUGGAGGCAGGCGCAGCUGAGCGACGCCGAGCUGGGCCGCGACGUGGACGCGUGGCUGCGCCGCGCCCAGGGCAAGUACCCCGCGGCGCGCCUGCGCCAGGAGCUGCAGCGCGUGUGGCGCGGCCACACGGGCGAGGUGCUGGGACUGGCCCGGGCCUUGGUGGCCCAGGGACGGCCGGCGCUGGUGCGGCUGCUCUUCGAGACCAUGGAGCAGGACGGCGACGUCGGGAAUGGGGGCCGCCAAGCCUUCUCCCUCUAAAGGGCGACGAAGCCCCGCCCCACCUACAGCUGACUGGACGCUCAAAACGGACCUGCCCUGCCAUAGGCUGGCUGGUGAGCAGAGCCAAUUAGAUCCUCUUCCGGGAAUUGGGAUGUUGGGACCCGGCGAUGAGACGCGA